CAGUGGAUGUGAAGGCUGUAGGCUUGAUGCAAUGCAGAAAGCAGAAGAACUACAUGAUGUUUGUGUCUUGGUCAGAUCAGAACAACAUUCUCAUCUACCGGACAUUUGAAGACUUUAAGAGAUUCCAUAAAGAGCUGAAGAGAAAAUUCCCCAUUGAGAGCGGCUCACUCAGGAGAUCUGACCGGACAAUACCCAGGCUUAAAGAUGCAAACGUGAAGCAGAGGAAGAGUGGGAAGCUGAACAGGUGCCUGGAGAUACUGAAACUGCUGGAAACUUACUCCCAGCAGCUGCUGAAAACAGAUGCUAAAAUCUCCGAGGGUGAAGAUGUGAUUCAGUUUUUCAAGGCACAGACCCAAGACCUAGAUCCCUCCUUUCCUGAAAACAGUGUUGUGAUCAUGCCAUCAGAAAUUGGAGGGGAAAAGAAAAACCAGCCGCAGCAGCAGCUCUCCUCCAUUACACUCCCCCAGGCAUCCCAGAGCUACAGAUGCAUUGAAACCUUUGAAACCAAAGACACAAAGAACAAGACUUUCAAAGUCACCAAGAAGGAAAUUGUUGAAGUCUUAAUCAAGGACAUGACUGGAUGGUGGCUAGUGGAAAACGCAGACAAGCAGAUAGCCUGGUUCCCUGCCUCAUACCUGGAAAAGAUUGAUGUCCACAAAGACAUCCAGAAUGCCUUGAGUUCAAAUGAGGAGGGCAGCCUGCACUUUGUCAUGCGGGCCUACGAGUCUCAGAAGGCAGAUGAGCUCUCACUGAACCACGGUGUCGUCGUGGAGGUGAUGAGGAAAUCUGACGAUGGCUGGUGGCUGAUCCGAUACAACGGCCGUACUGGCUACAUGCCCUCCAUGUGCCUCCAGCCCUACAAGAAUCCUCACCACAAGCUCCAGACCAUCAUAAGCUGUGGGCUCAACGUCUCCACCCCGAACCUCUGCUCCACUCUGAUGGCUCCUCAGCCCCGGGGUGAGGCCCUGGGGCAGCAGGGGUUGCAGGCUUGCUCUUCCUUUGACCGGAGUGAAGAGGACGUGAGCUCUCUGAGAAGCAGAUCAAGGUCUCUGCCCAGGGCCAGCUCCACCCCGGACCUGGAGUCAGACAGCUUGUCCCUCAGCUCAGGGAGCAGCAGUGAGCGAGAUGGCCGGCUGAGCUGGAAGCCUGACUUGUCAAGGUCUCUGCCCGAAGUCGAGCAGGCCAGCUCCCCCCUGGGGCAUGCCUUGGCCAUGCACAGCAGCAAGUCUCCACGCCUCACCCACAAGGACAGGAACGAUUCUGGCUUUGUGGAGUCAUCUGCAGCUGAUCUAAGUUACCCCCUCACUGACCCUGACUUGGCCGCUCGUGUCCCCAAGGUGCCUGUGCGUCCCUCAGCCCAUGAGAUCCUCCAGAAGUGCAGCACCAUCACGAAGCGAGCCGUGCAGCAGUCUUCCUCCCGGCCGGCACUCCAGGGUCUGCUCCCUCUCCCAAGCGUGCACUAG